UGGGGUAAAUUUAACCCUUUUGCUAAGUUAAUGCAUAAGUAUAAAAGUAGGGUUUCCCAAGCAGAAAGAAAGAGCAUUAAUUGAUUCUUUUCCGUCAAAGGUUCAAGAUUAGGUUUCCUUUCGAUUUGUGAGAACUCAACGAUGCCUCCGAAAGCAGGGAGGAAGACACCUACAGGAUCUGGAUCCAAAAGAGGUGGCCGUACUGCUCGUGGAACGCCAAAGUCUCAGGCGAUGCCCGUAAAUUUAGAGACAUCUAUGAAGGUUGAAGACAAAGAAGAGAAUAAGGAUAAGGCGGUGGAGCUCAAAGAAGAAUUGAAGGUCGCUGAAGAAAAGCCUGAGGAGAAAACUGUGCAGCCCACCGAACCGGAGCCUGAGGAGGCCGGGGCGGUUUCAGACAAGAAGAAGGACAAUGUGAAAGAGUCGGUUGAUCACUAUGAAAAGGGUGAGCGAUUAGAUUUGGAGGAUAAUGACCCUGAAUAUGAACCUGAAGAGUAUGGCACAGUUGAUUAUGAUGAGAAUGGGAGUGAACAUGACGUUAUUCAGGAAGAGGGGAGUGAAAUAGGGGAAGAACCUGAAGAAGCAGAUGUUGGUGAAGAGGAAGAGGGUGAUAUGAUUGUAGAGGAUGUUGCAGAUGUCCAUGAGGAAAUUGAGGGUGAUGAAGAAGAUGAGCAUGCUGAUGCAGCAGAGGAGGAAGAACAUCAUGAAGUUGUUAAAGAAAGACGUAAGCGGAAGGAAUUUGAAAUAUUUGUUGGUGGCCUGGACAAGGAUGCUACCGAGGAGGAUCUCAGGAAGGUCUUCAGUAAAGUUGGUGAGAUUACUGAAGUGAGGCUCCUGAUGAAUUCUCAGACAAAGAAGAAUAAAGGAUUUGCAUUCCUGCGAUUUGCUACUGUUGAACAAGCAAAAAGAGCUUGUACUGAGCUGAAAAACCCAGUGGUUAAUGGCAAAAAGUGUGGUGUUUCUCCAAGUCAAGACAAUGAUACGCUUUUUUUGGGUAAUAUAUGCAAGACCUGGACUAAAGAAGCUUUAAAAGAGAAGCUGAAGCAUUAUGGUGUUGACUAUAUUGAGGAUUUGACGUUGGUUGAAGACACUAAUAAUGAGGGAAUGAAUCGAGGUUUUGCUUUCUUGGAGUUCUCUUCACGUUCGGAGGCCAUGGAUGCUUUUAAGCGAUUACAGAAGAGAGAUAUUAUAUUUGGAGUUGAUAGGCCUGCGAAGGUUUCUUUUGAGGAUUCAUUCAUUGAUCCUGGGGAUGAAAUCAUGUCAAAGGUUAAAACAGUGUUUAUUGAUGGUCUCUCUGUAUCCUGGAGCGAGGACCAUGUGCGUGAGCUUCUUAAAGAAUAUGGAAAGAUUAGAAAAGUUGAGCUUGCCAGAAAUAGGCCUUCAGCCAAGAGAAAGGACUUUGGAUUUGUCACCUUUGACACUCAUGAGGCUGCAGUUACAUGUGCUAAAAGCAUUAAUAAUGAGGAAUUGGGUGAAGGAGAUAACAAGGUUAAAGUUAGGGUCAGACUAUCGAGACCCCUCCAUAUGGGUAGAGGGAAAUAUGGUGGACGAGGAGAUUUCCGACCUUGGCGUAUGCCUAUGCAUGGUUCCCGUGCCCCUUGGGAUCGAACAACUCCAUAUAGUCGAGGGACUAGAGGUGUGCCUCCUGUAGUUGGUCGUGGUUUCAGACGACCUGCAGCAUUGAGAGAUAGACAUGCAGUGACGGCUUUACCUCCUAGGGGCAGACCCAUGGCUUCACCACCUAGGAGGUUAUAUGACCGGAGACCACCUGUUCCCUCAUAUCCAAAGAGUAACUUGAAGAGGGAGUACGGACGGCGUGAGGAUAUCUCUCCUCCUAGAAGCAGAGCAAUAGCUGAGUAUUCUUCGAGGGUUCAUUCUGACAGACGUUCAUCCUAUAGGGAUGAAUAUUCUUCGCGUGGCUCUGGUUACCCUGAAUUACCUAGAGGUACUCAUUCUGCAGCAAGGAGAGCUUAUGUUGACGAUGGAUAUGGGCAGCGGUUUGAAAGACCCCCUCCAUCUUACCGUGAAGGACGUGGUCGUGAAUAUGAUUCUGUGUCUGGUUCGAAACGUCCAUACACUGCAAUUGAUGAUGUUCAUCCCCACUAUGCUGAGGCAGGAGUGCGGCAUUCUCGUGCUCGUUUGGAUUAUGAACUAGACGGUGGAAGUGGCUCUCAUUAUGGAGACACAUAUGGUGACAGUAGACUUGGGAGAUCAAAUCUUGGAUAUGGCGGCAACAGGAGCUCCAUUCCUAGGCAAGAUUCUCAUGGGAUGUACAGCAGUCGUCAGGGUAUGGGCUAUGCUGGAGGCUCCUAUGGUGGAAUGUAUUCGUCCAGCUAUGGUGGUGAUUACACAUCUCGUGGCAGUGAUGUUGGCUCCUCGGUUUAUUCUAGUCGUGGUAUGGGUGACAGUGGUUAUAUGGGAAGUGGUGGUUCUGGAUCUUACUACUAAGAUUUGAGUUGACAAAAGAGCCUGCAGUUGGAUCUGUUAACGUGGAAUAUGCAUCGACCGGCCUCUUGGAGAGAUGAAGUUUAUCUGUUACUUUGUAUAUGUAGGGCUAGAGAAUUUAGCAUUAGAGGUUGUAUUGCUCUGAAGCAUCUUGAAUUUUAAUUGGGAGAAGAGACGUCUGUUCCUUUUUGAAGCAAGGAAAUUCGAGCUAUGUACAGCAAACUGAGAUCUGUUUAUUUCUGGUUUCAACUUGGAAUGUCUUCUAGUGGUUUCUUCUUUUAAAAA